AUGGGUCCCUCCCGUCUUGUGAUCCCGUUCAAGACAAAGAUCGGGCUCUGGUGGCUUCUUCUGAUCCCGGCAGUAUCCUCGAAGAGGGCCCCCCACACCCACGCUGAGGACCGCCUCUUCAAACACCUCUUUAGGGGCUACAACCGCUGGGCGAGACCGGUGCCCAACACCUCGGACGUGGUGAUCGUGCGCUUUGGGCUGUCCAUCGCCCAGCUCAUCGAUGUGGAUGAGAAGAACCAAAUGAUGACUACCAACGUCUGGCUAAAGCAGGAGUGGAGCGACUACAAGCUGCGCUGGAACCCGGUCGAUUUCGGCAACAUCACAUCCCUCCGUGUCCCUUCGGAGAUGAUCUGGAUCCCAGACAUAGUCCUCUACAACAAUGCAGAUGGGGAGUUCGUGGUGACCCACAUGACCAAGGCCCACCUCUUCUCCUCGGGCCUGCUGCACUGGGCACCGCCCGCCAUCUACAAGAGCUCCUGCAGCAUCGACGUCACCUUCUUCCCCUUCGACCAGCAGAACUGCAAGAUGAAGUUUGGCUCCUGGUCGUACGACAAGGCCAAGAUCGACCUGGUGCAGAUGGAGCAGACGGUGGACCUGAAGGACUACUGGGAGAGUGGCGAGUGGGCCAUCGUCAACGCCACGGGCACCUACAACACCAAGAAGUACGACUGCUGCGCCGAGGUCUACGCCGACGUCACCUACUACUUUCUCAUCCGGCGCCUGCCCCUGUUCUACACCGUCAACCUCAUCAUCCCCUGCCUGCUCAUCUCCUGCCUCACCGUGCUCGUCUUCUACCUGCCCUCCGACUGCGGCGAGAAGAUCACCCUGUGCAUCUCUGUGCUGCUCUCACUCACCGUCUUCCUGCUGCUCAUCACGGAGAUCAUCCCGUCCACCUCGCUGGUCAUCCCGCUUAUCAGCGAGUACCUGCUCUUCACCAUGAUCUUCGUCACCCUGUCCAUUGUCAUCACCGUCUUCGUGCUCAAUGUCCACCACCGCUCUGCCAGCACCCACAACAUGCCCCACUGGGUACGGGUGGCCUUUCUGGGCUGUGUGUCCCGGUGGCUUCUGAUGAGCCGGCCCUUGCCACCCUUGGAGCUCCGAGGCACUCCGGAUCUGAAGCUCUGCCCCUCCUAUCACUGGCUGGAGACCAACGUGGACGCGGAGGAGAGAGAGGAGGAGGAGGAGGAGGAAGGCAGAUGGGUGUGUGCGGGUCCUUCGUCCCCCUCCGUGGGCGUCUACACCCAUGGUAGUCUGCACCCAGCGGCCUCGGGUCCCAAGGCAGAGGCUCAGGUGCUGGAGGGCGGACUCCUGCUCUCCCCUCGUGUACAGAAGGCCCUGGAGGGUGUGCACUAUAUUGCUGAUCACCUGUGGGCUGAGGAUGCUGAUUCCUCGGUGAAGGAAGACUGGAGGUAUGUGGCCAUGGUCAUUGAUAGGCUAUUCCUCUGGUUGUUUAUCCUCGUUUGCUUCCUGGGGACCGUCGGACUCUUCCUCCCUCCCUUCCUGGCUGGAAUGAUCUGA